ACUUUUACAUACUAAAAAUGAUGAAUGAAAAAUUUGAGUCACUUCAAAAUGAUUGCAUUUCGUUGCAAAAUCAACUUGAAGCAGCCAGAGCGAAUCUUGAUAAAUUGAAAGAGCAUGACAGACCUCCAAAAAACACUGAAGAAAUUCUGACAGCCAAGUUGAUCAAAUUGCAAGCAGAGAUGGUUCAUUGUAAUGACAUUUAUUCAAAUACCGAUCUAUUCCUGCCAGAAAAUGAUCCUGGGGUGGUCCUAACACAACUGGAUGAAAAACUAACGAAAUUGACUGCAGAAUCUGAAAUAGUUGAACAGUUGGUGACUGAAAAAUGUUUAAGUUUAGAAAAAGUGACCGAGAAAAAAGAAAAUUUAAUAAUUCAACAAAACCAAAUUCAUGAUGUGAUGCAGAAGAGACUUAAUGAGUUAAAAGAACAUGCAGAAACUGCUUAUGAUAAAGGUGUGUUUGCUAAAAGCUAUGGAAUAGAAUUGUCAAAUCGAAGGACAGCUUGCGAAAAAGAAAGGAAAAAUAUUAAACAACAAAUGUCAUCUUUCCUUUCGAAGCAUUUCCCCAAUGGUGAUUCCACACAACAGUCAUUAUUAACCCAAACUUCAAGGUUUAUCAAACUUGAACAGAUGGUUGAAGAUUUAAUCACGUUAGCGAUCAAUAAGCCUGAAGAUCCAUACCUGAGACUUGGUGCUCAGCAUUCACCGCCCCAUGUUGAACUUUUAUUGAGUUGCUCAAUCGCUGCAAGACACCCAAGUGAUCCAACUAAAAUAAAAAUGAACCAACUUAAUAUUUAAAUUGUUUCUUUAUUAAUCAACAUUGGUGAGAAAGGGUCAAUAUAAAGGUGUGGCCACUACUUUAUGUUAUGAUAUGAAAAUCAGUCAAUAAGUUUUUGACCCAAAGAUGUCACUGUUCUUAUUCCUAAUUCAUAAGUUCUUUUUUUGUAAAAUACUUGGUUUAAAAACAUGGUUGAAUGCAUUUUGAUACAUUUUGUUUUCCCUUCUUUACAACUUUUUAUUUUGUUUAUAAACUUUUACAAAAAUCUGCUUAAUUUCUUCUUUUAAACAAAAAUAUUUUUACCCUUCAUUGAAAACUGGUUUAGUGCAUUUUAUACAAAACUCCCUUUACUCCAAAACAUUCACUUUGUAUACCGAUUUUAUAUCUCAUUCUUCCUAUACUGAAAGCUGCUCAUUUUCUUUGUUUGUACAGAAAUAUUUUUCCACAAAAUUCAAACCGCUGUUUUAUAUACUUACUUUAUAUACUUACAGAUUUAGAUUAAUUUUCGUAACAG